AUGGCUAGAAACUGGAAAAUGUUACCUCUAAAAUCUGGAGAUACAGAUGAUCCUCCAAGAAUUACUCAAAAUCCUGUCAUUAAUGGGAAUGUAGCAAUGGCUGACGGGCAUAACAACACUGAAGAAGACAUGGAAGAUGAUACAAGCUGGCGAUCGGAAGCAACGUUUCAGUUUACAGUCGAACGCUUCAACAGAUUGAGUGAGUCAGUUCUCAGUCCUCCCUGCUUUGUACGCAAUUUGCCAUGGAAGAUCAUGGUUAUGCCACGACUGUACCCGGACAGACCGCACCAAAAAAGUGUAGGAUUCUUCCUUCAAUGCAAUGCUGAAUCUGAUUCCACGUCAUGGUCUUGUCAUGCACAAGCAGUUCUCAAGAUAAUAAACUACAAGGAUGAUGAAAAAUCAUUCAGUCGUCGUAUUAGUCACUUAUUCUUUCAUAAGGAAAAUGACUGGGGCUUUUCCAACUUCAUGGCCUGGAGUGAAGUUACUGAUCCUGAAAAAGGCUUUAUAGAAGAGGACAAAGUUACUUUUGAAGUCUAUGUUCAAGCAGAUGCUCCACACGGAGUGGCGUGGGAUUCAAAGAAGCACACAGGAUAUGUUGGCUUAAAGAACCAGGGAGCAACUUGUUACAUGAACAGUUUGUUACAGACUUUAUUUUUCACAAAUCAGCUACGAAAGGCUGUGUACAUGAUGCCCACAGAAGGAGAUGAUUCAUCCAAAAGUGUUCCUUUAGCAUUGCAAAGAGUGUUUUAUGAGCUGCAACAUAGUGACAAACCAGUUGGAACUAAAAAGUUAACAAAAUCUUUUGGGUGGGAAACUUUAGACAGCUUCAUGCAACAUGAUGUCCAGGAAUUAUGCCGAGUGCUGCUUGAUAACGUGGAAAAUAAAAUGAAAGGCACGUGUGUAGAAGGCACUAUUCCUAAAUUGUUCAGAGGGAAGAUGGUGUCUUAUAUCCAAUGCAAACACGUAGACUAUCGAUCUGAACGAAUAGAAGAUUAUUAUGACAUCCAGCUAAGUAUAAAGGGAAAGAAAAAUAUUUUUGAGUCCUUCAUUGACUACGUUGCAGUGGAACAGUUGGAUGGUGAUAACAAGUAUGAUGCAGGAGAACAUGGCUUGCAGGAGGCAGAGAAAGGUGUGAAGUUCCUAACAUUGCCACCAGUAUUACACUUACAGCUCAUGAGAUUUAUGUACGAUCCUCAGACUGACCAAAACAUCAAAAUAAAUGAUAGGUUUGAGUUUCCUGAACAGUUGCCACUAGAUGAAUUUUUGCAAAAAACAGAUCCUAAAGACCCUGCGAAUUACAUUCUUCAUGCAGUUCUAGUACACAGUGGAGAUAACCAUGGUGGACAUUAUGUUGUUUACUUAAAUCCAAAGGGGGAUGGCAAAUGGUGUAAAUUUGAUGACGAUGUUGUAUCAAGAUGUACAAAGGAAGAAGCGAUUGAACACAAUUAUGGAGGUCAUGAUGAUGACUUAUCUGUACGACACUGUACGAAUGCAUACAUGUUGGUUUACAUCAGGGAAUCAAAAUUAAGUGAAGUUUUGCAGCCUGUCACGGACCAUGAUAUUCCUCAACAACUUGUAGAAAGGCUACAAGAAGAGAAAAGGAUAGAAGCUCAGAAGAGGAAGGAGAGACAGGAAGCUCACCUCUAUAUGCAAGUGCAGAUAGUGGCAGAGGAUCAGUUCUGUGGUCACCAAGGCAAUGAUAUGUAUGAUGAAGAAAAAGUGAAAUACACUGUUUUCAAAGUAUUAAAAAACUCCACGCUUACAGAAUUUGUUCAAAAUCUCUCUCAAACGAUGGGAUUUCCCCAGGAUCAAAUCAGAUUAUGGCCAAUGCAAGCUAGAAGUAAUGGAACAAAAAGACCUGCAAUGUUAGAUAAUGAAGCAGAUGGCAAUAAAACGAUGAUUGAGCUCAGUGACAAUGAAAAUCCAUGGACAAUAUUUUUGGAGACGGUAGAUCCAGAGAUGGCUGCUACUGGAGCAACAUUACCCAAGUUUGAUAAAGAUCAUGAUGUAAUGUUGUUUCUGAAGAUGUAUGAUCCGAAGACUCGGAGUUUGAAUUAUUGUGGACAUAUCUACACACCUAUAUCCUGUAAAAUACGUGACUUGCUUCCAGUUAUGUGUGAGAGAGCAGGAUUUCCACAAGAAACUAACCUUAUCCUCUAUGAGGAAGUUAAACCCAAUUUAACAGAAAGGAUUCAAGACUAUGAUGUCUCUCUUGAUAAAGCUCUUGAUGAACUCAUGGAUGGCGACAUCAUAGUGUUUCAGAAGGAUGACCCAGAAAAUGAUAACAGUGAGCUACCAACAGCUAAAGAAUACUUCCGAGACCUCUAUCAUCGUGUGGAUGUCAUUUUCUGUGAUAAAACCAUCCCCAAUGACCCAGGCUUUGUUGUUACUUUAUCCAAUAGGAUGAAUUACUUUCAGGUUGCAAAGACAGUUGCGCAAAGACUUAAUACGGAUCCAAUGCUAUUACAGUUUUUCAAGUCCCAAGGUUAUAGGGAUGGCCCUGGUAAUCCUCUUAGACAUAAUUAUGAAGGUACUUUAAGAGAUCUUCUGCAGUUCUUCAAACCUAGGCAACCUAAAAAACUUUACUAUCAACAGCUCAAAAUGAAAAUAACUGAUUUUGAAAACAGAAGAAGUUUUAAAUGCAUAUGGCUAAAUAGCCAGUUUAGGGAAGAGGAAAUAACAGUAUAUCCAGAUAAGCAUGGGUGUGUGCGGGACCUGUUAGAAGAAUGUAAAAAAGUUGUAGAGCUCUCUGAAAAAGGUUCAGGGAAAUUAAGGCUGCUAGAAAUUGUAAGUUACAAAAUAAUCGGUGUCCAUCAGGAAGAUGAACUGUUAGAGUGUUUGUCACCUGCAACAAGUCGAACGUUUCGAAUAGAGGAAAUUCCUCUGGACCAGGUAGAUAUAGAUAAAGAAAAUGAGAUGCUAAUCACAGUGGCACACUUCCACAAAGAAGUUUUUGGGACAUUUGGAAUUCCAUUCUUGCUGAGGAUACACCAGGGUGAACACUUCAGAGAAGUUAUGAAGCGUAUUCAGACAAUGCUGGACAUACAAGAAAAAGAAUUUGAAAAGUUUAAAUUUGCAAUUGUAAUGAUGGGCCGACACCAGUAUCUCAAUGAAGAUGAGUAUGAAGUGAACUUGAAAGAUUUUGAGCCCCAACCUGGCAACAUGUCUCAUCCAAGGCCAUGGCUAGGGCUUGACCAUUUCAAUAAAGCCCCAAAGAGAAGUCGCUACACUUACCUUGAAAAAGCUAUUAAAAUCCAUAACUGACUUAACCAGAUUGUCAAGGCAAGGGACAAAAUAAGUGUGUGUGUGCACCUUUUUAACAACUGUAGAACUUUGGUACACGUGCACUAUAUCUGAAAUCUUCAGCAAGAGGAUUUGCUGCUGAUGUUAAUUUUAUUUUGUUGAGGCUGUUCAGUUUGGCUUCUCUGUAUCUAUUGACUGCCCUUUUUGAGCAAAAUGAAGGUGUUUUUAUAAAGCUUGGAUGCCAAUGAGAGUUAUUUUAUGGUAAACGUAAUGCAAGGCAAUUGUCAGCAUAAUGAGGGAAGAGUUUAGUAGAACAGUUGACAUUGGCAAAAUAUUUGUCUGUAGUACGUUUAUAGAUGGCAUAAGCUGGCUGGCUGCCCUUCCCAGUAUGGUGUUCGCCAUCACUGCAGCUAGUAAGUCUUAUGUUUAGACUCACAUCAGAUUUAUUUCCUUCAGUUAUACUUUAAAUGACAUUUUUUGUGCAUUUGUAAAUGCAAAAAACUCACAUCAUCAAUAAAUAGCAAUCUCUACUU